AUGGAAGGGAACACAAGGUUGAGUUCCUCCCGGUCCCGUUCAAGAACAAGAAAAGGCACCAUGAAGCACAGGUCAUCUGACUCUCGGGAGCAACAACACAGAACCAGAAAGAUGCUGAAGGCACUGGAUGGUGUGGAGAAGAAAAAGACAGUCAGAAAAGAACCUCAGAUGGAAGCAACCAAAGCGGAAGAACAGGAGGAGGAAAGACCCAAGCUAAACUCCACUGUUGUGAACGUGGACAGUGUGAGGGACAAAGAAGGGGACGAUGAAGCAGAAGAGUCACUCGGGCUUCUGGAGUGGGAGAGGCCAGAGGAAGGCUUAAAGAAAAGAAAUCUGGGUUUGUGCGAGUGGCUUCUAACAGGCAUGGCUCUUGUGAUCAUAUUCCUCUCCUUUCCUCUGUCCAUCUGGCUCUGCGUGACGAUAGUCAGAGAACAUGAGCGAGCAAUUAUCUUUCGACUUGGACACCUACUGGAAGGGAAGCCCAGGGGACCAGGACUCCUUUUCUACAUCCCAUUCUUGGAUGUGUGUCAGAAGGUGGACAUUAGGCUAAAAAUGCUCAAAAUUGUCCCACACACGGUGGUGACAAAGGACCUGGUGACCACAGAGCUGAGUGCGGUUUGUUACUACCGCAUGGAGAAUGUGUCCUUAUGCUUCACUGCCCUGUCAGGGAUCUCUAACAUGUUGCAGGGGAUGUUUCAAGUCACCGAGCGGGACGUUCUGGCCCACUACACUUUCUCUCAGAUUCUGCUGGACAGGAAAGAGGUCACCAAAGAAAUCCAGGUGGCCCUUGAUGCUGUGACUUCUCAGUGGGGAAUCAAGGUGGAGAGGGCAGAAAUAGAGGACAUCCAUCUCCCAGCUGAACUUCAGCACAGCCUGGCUGCUGAAGCAGAGGCCAAAAGGCUGGCGCAGAUCAAAAUCAUUGCGGCAGAAGGAGAGCGGGCAGCCUGUGAAGCCCUGAAGGCCUCCGUAGAAAGUCUGUCUGGGUCCCCAGCUGCCAUUCAGCUCCGUCUGCUGCAGCUCUUGCAGACUCUGCGAACAGAACAUCCAACCCUUGUCCUCAAUCUGCCUUCGGAGCUCCUAGCCCUGCCUGCUCACACAUCUGCUUCUCCUGAGCCAGUCAGUCACAGCCUCACAGUGGAGAAUCCCACUGAGAAAUCCCACAGAGAUUCCCCAAUGAUGUAG